AUGUCAGCAAAUAUGACAUUUGAUAAUGAGAGAAAUAUCAUUACUGGAAAUGAAUACGAUACAGGAUUAAACAAUUCAACUUCUUACGUAGUCUAUGAUUGUUGUGUAUGUGCGUUACCAAUACAUGAUCAAUUAAUUUUUCGAGUCAAUGAAAAUUAUUUUCAUUCAUUCUGUAUAAAUUGUUCCGAAUGUCAUAUGAACUUAUUUGAUAAAUGUUAUACUCGAAAUGGAAAAAUUUAUUGUAAAGAACAUUUUUUUAAAGAAUUUGGUACUGAAUGUGCAUCUUGUAAAUAUAGUAUAGCAUCAAGUGAAGAUGUUCAACGUGCAAAUGAAUUUAUCUAUCAUUUACAAUGUUUUUCUUGUCUUAUUUGUCAACAUCAUUUUCGUACUGGUGAAAAAUUCUAUUUAAUUAAUGAUCAAAAACUAGUAUGUAAAACAGAUUAUGAUACAAUAAAAAAUAAAGUUUUUCAUGAUACAAAUAAAAGAUCACGUACAACUGUUACACAAAAACAACUUGAAAUACUUAAAAAAGUUUAUACCACAAGUAUAAAACCAGGUCGACAUAUACGAGAAUCAUUAGCUAAAGAUACUGGUCUAGAUAUACGUGUUGUUCAAGUUUGGUUUCAAAAUCGUCGUGCAAAAGAAAAACGAUUAAAGAAAGAUACAAGUAAACAACGAUCAACUGCGAUACGUACCAAAGUUAAACAGGAGUGUAAAAUAAAGAUUCAAAAUAUACGUCAAAAACAACAUUCAACUAAUCAAGAUGAUAUUGUUUCAUUGUCUGAUGAAUUAUCAGAACAUGAUUCAAACGAUUCUUUAUCAUCUGUUCGUCGAUUAUCAAGUGAAUUCGUAUCAUUUAAGUCAUCUUCGACAGAAUCAAAAGGAUUACUGAUUCCAUCAUCUUACUCAACAUCAUCAUCAACAAUAACUAUCAAUGAUGAUCAUGAAUCAUUAUCAGAACUUGAUUUUAAUACAUUGAAUUCAAUAGACAUCAACCAUUAA